AUUCACAGUUCUUAGCAGUGGUUUGUAUUGACUUGAAUUGCAAUGAGAAAAUCCAAGAAUAUUACAUCUGAAAACCCGCUGCUUGAUUUAACUAAUGACUAUCUGAUGUCUAGUGUUCUUUUUUUCUGAAUCUAAGUUUGGUGAUGGGAGUCAAGAAUCUGCUGGAACUGCCCAGGAUGAAAAUAGCAGUCCACUAGCUGAUUGAAUUUUGUUUCUUUAUGCUGUUUUCCUGCAAGUUUUUGUCGGCACCUGUUUGUCAGCACCCCUUUGUCUAGUAUCUUUGGAAAAAAAUCUUAGAAAAUCUAUUUAGAAAGAUGAAGACUUAUUUAUCUGUGACAUUUUUUAUAUUUAUGGCUGUUGUGCAGUUGUACAGACCAGAGACAGACAGAUUUUCAUUGGUAGUUUCAUCACCGUCCAUUUUUGGUCACGUUGGAGAGGACAUCGUUCUGCCAUGUGCUUUGUCAUCCAACAUCAGUGCAGAGGGAAUGGAGAUCAGAUGGCUGAAGCAGGAGAAGGAGUAUUCAGUACUUAUAUUUGUGUCACAGGAUCAUAAUGAAAAUGAACUAAACAAAGGUUACCAGGAAAGGACUGAGCUCUUCAAACCAGGUCUGCAGGAAGGCGAUGUGUCUCUGCUUCUGAAAAGUGUCAAAAUCUCUGAUCGAGGCAACUAUACCUGCUCUGUUAUUACCUCAGACUGGUUUUCAGAUGCUUCCCUUAGCCUGGAGGUCAUUGUCACUGGCAACACACCACUCAUAUCAUUAAAUGGACACAAGGGUGUCGGAAUUGAACUGUCCUGCAUAUCUGUCGGAUGGCACCCUAUACCUCAGGUACAGUGGUUAGAUGUCGCAGAUACAGAUAUUUCUGCUCGUUCAAACACUGAAUUGGUGAUGGACCAGGAUGAACUGUACAAUGUAAAGAGUAACCUUGAGGUUUCUCAGAAGGACAGUGAUGGAAUUGUCUGUCGUGUCAGAGGAGUGCAAAGACAGCCUGAAUCGUAUAUAGAAAUCAGAGAGGAAUUAUUCCACACCAGUUCUUCAUGGAAGACUGCUUUUGCAGUCACAUUUCUGUUUCUUCUCCUCACUCUUGGACUCCUUGGUGCUGUAUUUUUGUAUUGGAUGAAAAGCAGAGUCAUUCAGGAGUCUGAAAAGAAGGUUGAAGAAUCAUGUCAAGAGACAACAGCAAAACUAGCAGAAUCUGAAAAACUGCUUGCCGAAGAAAAAGACAUGCGCAUCAAACAUUUAGAAUCUGAGAUCACACAGAUUAAGAAAGAUAAAGAAAAUCUCACUAAACGUCGGGAUUCAGACAUCCAGCAAAUUAAAGAUGAGAAGAAUAAACAUAUCCGACGUUUAGAAACAGAGAUAGAGAAAAGCAAAAAAGAAGAAAACAACUUAAAGGAACAACUAGAAACUGCAAAAUCAGAGAAUGAAAAAUUAAAACAAGAUUGUAGUAACCUUCACAAUGAAAUAAAAAACCGAGGGUACGUCUCAAACCAAGAGCUGGAGGAGAUGCGCUCAGUACGAGCAAACAUGACAAUAAGCCAAGACAAAUCAUCAAAGAAUGUUGAAGUGUCUGCAGAUGGAAAGAAAGUCAAAGCAAAAACAACAAUCAAGCUAACAGGAUGGGACUGUGCCAUUGCCAAAGAGAGCUUCACUGCUGGGAGACACUACUGGGAGGUGAAGGUGGGAGACAUUCCUAAAUGGAGACUGGGUGUCACCAAUGACUCAGACUUCUGCGAAGUAAUAGACAAGACUAAGGCCAGGCAAUAUUACUGGGCACUGAAGUGGAAAGAUAAGAAGUUUAUUGCUGUAAAUUGUGAGCAAGAAAAAGAGCUGACUUCGAAACAGAAGGCCAGUGUGAUUGGAGUGUUUCUGGAUUAUGAUGAAAGACGGCUUUCCUUCUACAAUUUAGAUAACACUUCUCACAUUUACACUUUGAUAUUCACCACCAAACUGCCCCUCUAUCCCCUUUUUAACUGUGCCAGCUCUGACAAAGAUCUUGUCAUUUUGUGUUAAGUAGCCAAUGGAAUGGAAGAGUCAAAGACAGAUGGCAUUACAACUUAAAGUCCAAGCAGAACAAAAGACACCUCUUACAUAUGAGGUAUUACUGUGUGCAUUAUAUAAGUAAAUGGUUUUAAAUAAUUUACAAGAAACUAACAUGAUUUUGAUUUAUAACACACUAUUAUACCACCACAGGACAAACAUUACACAGGACUGUAGAACUUGAUAAAAGAUAAGUUUACAUUUUCUUCUCCGGUCUCACAAGGUUGUCUCAUGUUUGGUGUUACAAACUACAACCUGAUAUGAAACAGAUUACUGCCAAAAAUAAAAAUCUGAUCAAAUUCUUCUUAUAUUUUGUUAGCCCUGAUAUCAUGUUUUUGUCCCUGACGACAUAAAUCUGAAAGAACUUGUACUGUUCCUACACAUUACAAAAUGCCUCACGCCUCUAGGUCCUCUUUGUCCAAAUGCUGUAAAAUUUGUGAAGCAAAACUGUCUUUAUAAUAUACACACGUGAAAGUGAACAAUGCAGCAUUCACUGAAACUUCAGGUCCUCAUCUCUGCACUGAGUUUCUAAAGUGUGUUCAAGUCAUUUUGGAAUUAGACUUCAAAUACGCUCUUUUACAAAGUGCCCCCCACUGUCAGUUAACUCCUGAAAUGUUAUUUUUUAAUGCCAGAAAGAAAGUGUUAUUUGGGAAAAAUAUUUUUUAUUUUCAAUAUUUAAUUCAAGAAAAACACUGCCCUUUGUGCAAAACAUGUUAGACUUUUGUUUGUAUUACUGCUUUGCACUGUGUAUUGUUACUAGGCUUUACAAUUUAACGAACCAAACUUGUAUAUGAAUAAAUAAAUAAUAUUUAAUA